AUGCUCCUCACCCCGCGAACAUACCAGCUCUCCCAAGAAGAUACAGGUCGAUGGAGCCGAACCUCCGAUAACAUCCACCUGUCACCUCGAUUCCAUACAUUGAUAGGGUGGCGCGCUGAUAAAGCUGAAGCUGUACGAGCAUAUAAAAUGCUGUUGGUGCAUCAGUCAGGAUACGUGCGUGUUGGAGAAGUUGUGAGAUACACGUUGACAUAUACGCCUUCCCUAGACCAGAUUCUUCCGACGCCUACGGAGCUUCAUGUAAAAGUGAAGAAUACUUCUGCCAUUCCACUACGAGCCGCGUACCUUCACGGACCAUAUACCCUUUACACGGCAUGCUAUCCGUCUGAAUUCGAUCCUAAUCAACAAUACCAUGAUAGCGAGAUAAAAGGCAUUCCUCAAUACGAGCCAUACUUAAAGGCUGGCGGUAGCUGGACCGCGACGAUUCCCGUGCCUGAAGAGACGCGACUGACCGUCCCCGGGGCUAGACAUGGAAACCACAGCGGUAGCAACCUGGGUUCGGACAGUGAUGACGAACCAAGGAGAAGGAGCAUAACAUGGGUUAUUGAGAUUACAUCGCAGGUGAUAUUCUCUAGCUCAGCGGCAGUCCAUUUUGAGCUGCUGGUUGGUCGUGAUCCGAAAUCACUUGAGUUUGGCAUCAACGGCUCCUUGACGUCUUCCGGUAUGCCUCCACCGGCCCAUAUCAAUGAGCACCAAACCUUGCGGAAGGGGGGGGAUGGCGAAGCUCCAGUCAUUGCUACAAAGGGCGUCUUUUCGAAAUCAGUCAAGUUGGUGUUUGAUGAUAUUAAGAGUCUUUGGAAUAGGCCCGAAUGCUCCACGUUUAGAGAACGGGAGGAGAUCAAUUCGAAGUUGAUAUCGCUAUCGAAUCAGCCACGUAGCCAGCAUGUAAUGCACGCAACGAGUUUAUCAUCUCGACUGGAACGCAAUGGACCCAUUCAAAAAAAGAGACGCAUCCAUCUUGUUAUAUUGACCCAUGGAUUGCAUAGUAACCUUGGAGCUGAUAUGCUGUAUCUAAAGGAGAGCAUUGACGCUGCUGCCGAGGAAGCCAAAAGGGCGAAAAAGGACUCCACCGAAUGUCAAGCGGGCUCAGACCAUGAAACUAGAAGCGAUGAAGAGGAAGACGAGGAAGUCAUUGUCCGAGGAUUUCCGGGUAAUGUUACACGUACAGAACGUGGAAUUCAGUAUCUCGGGAAACGGCUUGCUAAAUACGUGCUUCUUAUGACAUACCCGGAUCAGCCAUACCUACCGACCAAGAAGAAAAAGCGAAAGAACAAUCCAAACUCUAGCCCGGGAACCGAGAUAGAUUAUAACCCUUGGGACAUUCGUCCGUCCGAUUGUCAAGUUACAAGCAUCAGCUUCAUUGGGCAUUCGCUCGGGGGUCUUAUACAGACUUAUGCGAUUGCUUAUAUCCAGAAACACUCGCCUGAAUUCUUUGAGCGGAUCAAGCCAAUCAACUUUGUGGCCCUUGCUACACCUUUUCUUGGACUCAGCAACGAGAAUCCCGUCUACGUACGUUUUGCUCUAGAUCUGGGGCUAGUCGGCAAGACAGGACAGGAUCUUGGUCUAAGUUGGAUGUCUCCUAAAGUUCGAAGUAGAUGGGACGCUAUUAUAAGCAAGUUUGCAGGUAGUUCGAGCCCAUCACAGCAGGAACAAGCACCAGCUUCCAAACCAUUGUUACGGAUAUUACCUGCUGGUCCAGCUCAUCAAGUUCUACAGCGCUUCAGAAACCGCACAGUUUACUCAAAUGUGGUAAAUGACGGUAUCGUGCCAUUACGCACCUCCUGCUUGCUCUUCCUUGACUGGAGAGGCCUGGAUCGAGUUCAAAAAGCACGAAGAGGAAACGGCCUUGUAGGCACCAUGGCAGAAUGGGGUUGGGCCGAACUUACUGGGGCCAAUUCAGUCUCGCCAACUGCCCAACAUCAUCAGCAUCACCGCUCUCAAUCGAAUAUAUCUGCAGUCGAUGGGAUACAAGCUCAGUAUCACUCUGUUGAAGAAGUUUCAAUACCAAACUCGCAUGGUCAAGCUAGUCCCACUCUUCUUCAAUUACCAUCACCAAUGCCAGACCAUAACCUAGAAGAAACCCCGAUUCAAGCAGUACCAGAACCAAUAUCGCCAGUGAGCACGGGCUCGGAUUCCAGAGAGCAUCCAUCGUCACCUAAUCCCUUUAAUCACUUUUUUGGAAUGUUCCAAUCUAAACAGUCUAAAGGCUCUUCUUCUAGCAAAAAGAGCACUAAGAUUAUUCGAAGGAGUCAAACACUCGCACCUUCCGGCGAAUCUACGGAUAAUAUGAACUCUAUAGAGUCAUAUCCUCCAAUUGUCAGGGGUAACUCACUAUAUGACGACGAAGAUCUCAGUGCUCCUCCCCGGACCACCAUUUUUGAAUCUGCUGGUGACGUUCUCAGACCUCCUUUGCCUCCAACCGAGUUCAUUAUAGACCCAACAUCAAGGCCGCGGACUAUCUUCCAUGAUCGUAUAUAUCACCCGGAGGAUAUACCACCUCCUAUCUGGAAAAAGCGAAGCGUGAUACUCAGUGGUUCACGUGGGUCCAACAACGACAAGGACGUCGAUAUCGAACAAGCGGCCACCCAAGGAUAUAAAGGAAGCGGCUUGAGAGUCGAAGAAAAAAUUGCCAGAGCUUAUCACCAAGGACUUUCAUGGCGUAAAGUCCUCGUACGAAUGGAGCCUGAUGCACAUAAUAACAUCAUUGUCCGACGCAUGUUCUCCAACGCCUACGGCUGGCCCGUUGUCAAGCAUAUGGUUGACAACCAUUUCGGUAACACCUAUUCCGCCCGAACAGAUGACGCAUUGGAAUCCAACCGCGAAAGAGCAAAACCUCUUGAUGUCCAAGUGACAGAGUCGGGCGAGGAGACGUUUGGUCAAUCCAAUACAUCUUCUCACCAGCAACAACUGCCGUUUCGCCAUUAUGCUAGUCUGCCUCCGGAGAUUGACAGGCAAGGACAUUCGUCGGAGGCUUCUGAACAUGAUGGUGCAGCAACUAGACUUGCCGAUAUAGGCAGGCAAUCGAGUCGAAAGUCGACAGACUCUGCAAUGUGGACUGAUCGGUACUUUUCAGGGGGGGAUUCUGCGUCUGAGGGGCAGAGUGAUCAUGAAGAGCAGUUGGCCUAG